AUGACGCACACAUCGAUAACGUGCCCCACAGGACCAAAGGUCCAACUUAUUAAGAACUCAGACCAUCGGCAUAUAGAGGGCCUUAAUUGAAUAAAUCGUUGGAAUGUUUUUGAUUCAUCACCUUUGGAAUUGGUCAUUAUUGCAGAACAGGUGCACAAGGUCUCACCUCUUCUUUCUCAUCAUGAGUCGGUUAACGAUCGAAAUCGUGAUGGCUUCGAUCCACUUCUGUUGCCUCUCAUUCAUGACAAUCCUACUGCAGCAGCACGGCUACUUUGGUAUGAAGUGGACCCGAAUGCAGUGGGGA